CACGUUCUUUUCUCGCGAUCCUUGCGAGCGACCAUCUUGCUCCUGCCCCUGACAGAUUCUGUCGUUCAGGUCACUGGGACGCCAAGAGUUCCGAGCGGACCCUCGCUGACCAUGCUGUCUCGAGUGGUACUUUCCGCUGCCGCCGCAGCAGGCCCCUCUCUGAAGAGCGCGGCCCUCCUCGGGCCAGGGGUGUUGCAGGCAACCAGGAUCUUCCACACUGGACAGCCAAGCCUGGCCCCUGUGCCGCCUCUUCCGGAAUAUGGAGGGAAAGUUCGCCACGGGCUGAUCCCCGAGGAAUUCUUCCAGUUCCUUUAUCCUAAAACCGGCGUAACAGGACCCUAUGUGCUCGGAACUGGGCUCAUCCUGUAUUUCCUGUCCAAAGAAAUAUACGUGGUCACUCCCGAGACCAUUUCUGCCAUAUCAACCAUAGGGCUGCUCGUCUUCAUGGUGAAAAAGUACGGCGCCUCUGUCGGGGAGUUCGCUGAUAAACUCAACGAGCAAAAAAUCGCCCAGCUAGAAGAAGCGAAGCAGGCUUCCAUGAAAGGCAUCCAGGAUGCAAUUGAUCUGGAGAAGUCGCAGCAGGCGCUGGUUCAAAAGCGCCAUUACCUGUUUGAUGUCCAGAGGAAUAACAUCGCCAUGGCCCUGGAGGUCACCUACCGGGAGCGGCUGCACAGAGUGUACCGGGAGGUGAAGAGUCGCCUGGACUACCACAUCUCCGUGCAGGACAUGAUGCGGCGGAAGGAGCAGGAGCACAUGAUAAAUUGGGUGGAGAAGCACGUGGUGCAGAGCAUCUCCGCACAGCAGGAGAAGGAGACGAUCUCCAAGUGCAUUUCAGAUCUGAAGCUGCUUGCAAAGAAGGCCCAGGCGCAGCCCAUCAUGUAAAUGACCCACCCAGACCGGGACGGCUAGAAACCCUGACUGAGCGGAAGCCGGGCUGUGGCAGAAGCUUCCUGUGUCGCCUCCUCCUGGAGUCCAGCGCCCCCACCUGAAAGUGAGGAGCGCGGGCUCCCUCUCGUGAGGGAGUUAACACAGUCUGCUGGCCAGGACACGUUUCUUGCUCCGCAUUUUGAAUCGUCUGAUGGUGGUUUUGGAAAAAGCAGUGUGCUUUUAAUAAUAUUUGGUGCCUGGCGAAAGACUACUGAGUUAUCAUUUACAUUUGUAAUUAAUUCUGUCGUCUUACAAUAAAGUGACAGUUGAACACGG